UAAAUUUUCUAUUGGGUUGAGCAGAAACCCUAACAGCAGCUCACGGUCGGUGACUACACGAUGGGCCUUGGGUAUUUUUCGGCUCUGGUAGCUUGCUUGGAUUUAAUGAGGAUGCCAUCUAUGGUGCCAGGGGUUUAAGACCCGCCACUCUUUUUCCCUAUACAGAAUCGAGUUUGGAGUUCGCAUAGGUCGGAGAGAAGAGAAGAUUGAACGGAGGGAGCGAUGGCGCUGCAGAUUCUGAGGCUUCCAUUAUCACGUUGUUGCAGUGGUGGUAGUUCCUGUAAAAGCUUGUUUUUCUUGUCCAAAUCAUCAUUCUCUCCAUACCUCUCAGGUAGAAGCUUUACUGCUGUGCAAUCAGCGAAGUUUCAACAGCCGAAGAAGAAAAGGAGACUGGAUGAAAUAUGUCUUGAGAGGUUUCAGCAAUACAGCCGAACCUUUAUACAGUCAUGGAUCCUUCAAGGCAAAGUAUUUGUUGAUGGGAAGGUGGUAAAUAAAGCUGGAACUCCUGUCUCUGAUAAAGCUGUUGUGGAGAUCAUGGCUGAAGUCCCAAAAUAUGUAUGUAGAGGAGGAUACAAAUUAGAGGCAGCCAUUGAACAACUAGGUGUCGAUGUGACUGGAAAAGUAGCUCUUGAUUCAGGGUUGUCUACUGGAGGAUUUACUGAUUGCUUACUUCAGUAUGGUGUCUCAUUUGUUUAUGGAGUUGAUGUAGGAUAUGGACAGGUGGCAGACAAAAUACGACGAGAUGAACGUGUAAGUGUUGUGGAGCGGACAAACUUGAGAUAUCUUACUGUACUCCCACAAAAGGUUGAUUUGGUGACGCUGGACCUUUCAUUUAUUUCCAUACUUUUGGUCAUGCCUGCCGUGGUCAAUUUGAUGAAGGAAGAAGCUACAUUAAUUACCCUUAUAAAACCUCAAUUUGAGGCUCGCAGAUCCCAGGUAGGAGGAGGUGGAAUUGUGAGGGACUCCUUAGUCCAUCAAGAGGUGCUUGAGAAGAUCACAAAAGGUGUAGAAAAAUUCGGAUUCCAACGUAAUGGUUGGAUUGAGUCUCCCCUGAAGGGAGCUGAAGGCAAUACAGAAUUUCUGGCUUGCUUUAGCCGCGUCGCGAAGAUAACUGCAGAUUUUUCACUUACAGAAACUGAGAAGCAGUAAAUUGAUUAUGGAUUUGAAUUGUUGCUGAAAAGGAAGUAUCAAUGUUGAUAGUUAAUUUUUUUGUACAUUGCAUUGGGAUUAUAUGGAUUCUGUGUGGAAAUUUGAUUAUUCAUAUUUGAUAUUAA